AUGGAGCGGGUGAUGAUCGACAUGCAGCGUGAAGGUUGGAACAUCGGAGCUGUCGUAACAGACAAUGCGGGGCAAUGCGGUCGAGUAAGAAGAAUAUUAAAUCUCCGAUGGCCUCAUAUUACUCUCGUUAUUUGCUUCGCUCAUGACGUAAAUAGCAUGGUGAAGGCGGCGGUCAAGUCAAAGUACGCAACAGUUACGAAGAAUGCGUCCGAUACUGUGAACGCUAUCAACGCUUCUUCCUCCAAGUGGUUGGUUGAAGCUCAGCAGCACAUGCGUGACGCCUACGGCUACGAGCUAUACCUGCAGCAACUCUACGAGACGCGUUGGAACAGUAUGCACGCCUGCUUUGCACUUAGCUGUGGGUUCGUAGUGCAAUGGAGAUGCUAG